CAGUUGUGUGCAGAUCUCUAGGUGGCAGCAGUGCUUCUAUAGAGCUUCGUAAAGUCCUAGUAGAAGAGGAAGUGUGUGUUUGUGGCUGUAACGCCAGAGAAAAGGUUCUGUAGCUGGUUGGCGCUUAAAGUUACAUAAUAGGGGACUUCAGCGCUACUGCGGGCCGCAGCACAAACAUGGCUGAGGAAGACGAUGAUCCGGGCUUUGAUGAAGAUCUGGACGAUGUUGGAAACGGUGUGGAUUCAGGACACGGCAGGAGAAAGAGGCUGUUUUCUAAGGAGCUGCGCUGCAUGAUGUACGGCUUCGGAGACGACCAGAACCCCUACACGGAGUCAGUGGACAUCCUGGAGGACCUGGUGAUCGAGUUCAUCACGGAGAUGACCCACAAAGCCAUGUCCAUCGGGCGGCAGGGCCGCGUCCAGGUGGAGGACAUCGUGUUUCUCAUCAGAAAAGACCCGAGAAAGUUCGCCAGGGUGAAAGAUCUGCUCACCAUGAACGAGGAGCUGAAGAGAGCUCGCAAGGCUUUCGACGAGGCCAACUAUGGGUCCUAAACUGUCUCUCACACACGAACAGUCUGUGGUGGUGGUUUCUCUACCACUGCUGGGUUUAAAACGACUUAAAAACUCAGUGUUUUGUGCUGGUAUAUUGGUCAGCACGUUUCACAAACAUGUCCGGUUCUUAUAAAAUGCGUUUUUCCUGUUGUUUUUGCAUUUUCUUUAACUGUUUGUAUGUUUAAGGUGACCUACUUGGUUGAAUUAAAGUUGGAACAGGUCUAGUAAAGUUUUAAUUUCUGUAGGCUGAUUGUAUAAAGCACUGUGCAAAAGUAAUCCCUGCUAAAAAUACAGGUCAAGACCAGCUGGACUACCAACAUAGGUCUGGAUGACCAGCUGGUUCUUAUCUGGAUUUUUUUAAAGCAGGGAUUGAUCUUCAAAUUUAUUGCAGCUCUGUUAUAACAAUUGUUUUGUUUUUACAUUUUCCGGCACCUGUGUGGAAAAUUAAACAGAACCAUCAACAAAUAAAUAAGCAGAUGUUUUAUUCA